UCUCAGAAUUCCUAAUAGUCAAUUGGGUCAAAUAGUUUCAUUUUAAGAAACCAAAUGUUUUUUUGGAGGUUAAAUUGUUACUUUUUUUUUAACUUUACUGGAAACAUAAUGAUGGGUUGCACUGAAUCCUGCCUGACUCUUUUACAGUGCUCUUUGUGUGAUCCUGGUUUUGUUAUUAUGUUUCUUCAAGUCGUAGAGUCUCACUUAUCCAACAUAAACGGGUCGGCAGAACGUUGGAUAAGCAAAAAUGUUGGAUAAUAAGGAGGGAUGAAGGAAAAGCCUAUUAAAUGUCAAAGUACGUUAUGAUUUUACAAAUUAAGCACCAAAACACCAAAUCAACAGAAAAAAACAGUUCAAUACAUGGUAAUGUUAUGUAGUAAUUAUGGUAUUUACAAAUUUAGCACCAAAACAUUGCAAUGUAUUGAAAACAUUGACUACAAAAACAUUGACUACUUCUCUGGCGGGAAGGGAGGGCCCAAGUUUGCUCCUGCCCGGGCGCCCGCGAGGCAGAAACCGCUGCCCCGGGUGGCGGUUGGCGGCGCGCGCGAUUGCACAUACAUGCCCAGGCGCCGCAACGCAGCCCGCGAAGAAGGCGGCGGCGGCAGACGGGAGAAGGGCGGCUCCGGAGGGCGAGGGAAGGGAAGGCGCUGUGCCACUUCGGCCUCGCCAUGGCGGCUGUACCGCCCACCCCCACGCCCACCCCGAAGUACUUCACCCCGGAGGAGCUGGCCGAGCGCUUCACCUUGGCGGACUACUUCGUCUUCGGCUUGACGCUGGUCUUCUCGGCCUGCGUGGGCAUCUUCUACGCCUUCAAGGGGGUCCACAAGAGCCACAAGGACUACGUCAUGGCCGGGCACAGCCUGACCUGCGGGCCGGUGGCGCUCUCCCUGACGGCCAGCUUCAUGUCCGCCGUGACGGUGCUGGGCACCCCGGCCGAGGUCUACCGCUUCGGCAUCUCCUUCGGCCUCUUCGCCUUCGCCUACGUCCUCAUGGUGCUGAUCAGCGCCGAGGUCUUCCUGCCCGUCUACUACCGCCUGGGCAUCACCAGUGCCUACGAGUAUCUGGAACUUCGAUAUAAUAAAUAUAUGCGUCUACUUGGAACUGUGAUGUUUAUGACACUGACGAUCUUAUAUACUGGAAUUGUAAUCUAUUCUCCAUCACUGGCUUUGAAUCAAGUUACAGGAUUCCAGUUGUGGGGAUCUGUUGUUGCAACAGGACUAGUUUGUACUUUCUACUGCACACUGGGUGGACUCAAGGCAGUAAUCUGGACUGAUGUCUUCCAGUUUAUCAUGAUGAUAAGUGGAUUUUUGGCAGUGAUUAUUCGAACAUUAAUAAUUAAAGGAGGAUUUGGCCCCAUUAUAGAGGAUGCUCGCCGUGGAGGAAGAUUACGAUAUUGGGAUUUUGAUCCUAACCCUUUGAAAAGGCAUACUUUCUGGACUGUCGUUGUUGGUGGCACUUUCACUUGGCUUGGCAUAUAUGGAGUAAAUCAGUCUCAAGUUCAGCGAUAUGUUGCUUGUAAAACACGACUCCAUGGAAAACUCUCACUGUAUAUAAAUCUUGUGGGACUCUGGAUAACUCUAUCUUCUGCAGUUAUGUGUGGACUUUCAAUGUACUCUGUAUACAAGGAUUGUGACCCAUGGACAGCAAAAUACGUGUCCGCACCAGAUCAGCUUAUGCCAUAUUUGGUACUGGAGAUCCUGGGAGAUUAUCCAGGAGUUCCUGGACUUUUUGUGGCUGGGACUUAUAGUGGAACAUUAAGCACAGUGUCUUCUAGCAUCAAUGCAUUAGCUGCUGUUACAGUAGAAGAUCUUAUUAGACCUUAUUUCACGUUAUCCGAAUCAAAAUUACAAUGGAUUAACAUGGGAAUGAAUUUGUUCUUUGGUAUAGUGUGCCUUUCCAUGGCUGCAGCGGCAUCUACUAUGGGUGCUCUGUUACAGGCUGCACUCAGUAUUUUUGGAAUACUUGGUGGACCUCUUUUGGGAAUAUUUUCUUUGGGUAUGCUGAUGCCUUUUGGAAAUGCUAAAGGUGCAUUUUCUGGGCUUGUUUGUGGAUUCAGUCUUGUAUUGUGGAUUGGAGUUGGCUCUCACACAUACCCUCCACCAUCUUACAGAACACUGCCAUUACCUCUUUCCACUCGUGGUUGCCGAACAAUCAAUGGCACAUUAGCUCCACAAGUAACUACUUCUAUGCCUCUUUCAACUACUCCAAGACCAGGUGUCCAGGAAUACUGGUACUCGCUGUCGUAUCUUUACUUCAGUACAUUAGGAACUUUGAUCACAUUUUUUGUGGGAACACUAAUGAGCCUAGCUACAGGAGGAUUAAAGCAAGAAGUAGACCGUAAACUUCUGUUUGGCAAAGAGGAGUUUUUGGACAACUUUAUAUACUGGAAAUCUAAAUGGGUACUGCUGUUCGAAAAAGUUCAUCCUCCAAAGCAGGUGGCACCUAAGGAAGAGAUGGAAGAAUCUCAAGAGAUGGAAGAAUCUCCAGGGAUGUAGAGGGUACUCUAAUUCUGUGGGUUAUACAGAAAAGAACUAUUCUACAAGGAGAAAAAAACAGCAUUGAAUGCUGUGGUAUACAAAGUAUAGAAAUGUUUAGCUUUUAUUCAUUGAAAUUUAAAAAGAAAAGUCUGUGUUUUUAUGAUUAAUUUUAAAAUUAUUCUGUAGCAAGUUGAUAACCAGAAGAUAAGAAGACUUGAGAGAGUUGUGUAAAUUCAAAUCUGGUAAUAAACAGUCCAAUAACAAUAAGUAAAAUAUUUAAAUGCUUACUAUUUAUACAUGUGAUUCCUUAAUUUACCAGUGUAAUAUUAAUGUAAUGUUUUAUUUGACUCUUUCUUACAUUUGAAUAAAAAAGAACUGAAUGCA